GCUUCCCUCGUACGUAGUACUUCGUUUCGAGAAUCUCUUCGUCUUUCCCCCGGUAGUGCAAGUUUUUUUUUGCUAACAUCCUCCAUUUUAUACCAUCGUAACCUAAGUAAUAGAAGUAAAAGGUAAAAGCACUAAAAGUCUCUCUCGGCCACGUGCUGGCUGACGCAUCACUGUUGUAUUCUAUCGCUCUACUGAAGAAAGAGGACGAGGCACUCAACUGCUUCACUCCACUUUAUUUUUGUCUCCGUCGUGGCCUCUGCUUAUUAACCUCUUUUCGAGACGCACUGCUAUUUCAUACGGGACUUUUAAAGCAUCAUCACCAACAAACCAAAAAACAAGAACAGCAGCAAAAAAACGCUUUCAUUAGAUCCCAUUCCAUGUCCUCGCUUCGUCCGUCUCAGCAGAACGCAACGGCCGAUACUGCCGGGCCGCCUACCGACCCAGCCGCGGUUCCGCAGCCGCCUCCGCACCCAGAGGACGCGGAAAGACCCCCCAACGUUGCCCUCCCGCUUCAUCACGACAAUCCCGUCGCGGCGACCGCAGCAGACACCCGCGCCGCAGCUGCAACGGCGGAGGAGCAGCGACCGAACGAGGAGGAUCCCGCUGCCCGGCAGAGCCGCAACUGCGAGGGUGCCGCGCGCAUGGGUGGUGGCCAAAAGCUGAAAGAUCGUCAGUCCGCCCAGCGCCGUCUCAUGCAGGACUACCGACUGCUGCAGAAGAACUUGGCGGAGGGCACCUCCUCUGGCAUUAUGGCCACGCCGGUGGAGAACAACUUUUUUCACUGGCACGCCGUCAUAUCCGGUCCGUGCGACACGCCAUGGGAGGGCGGACUCUUCAAGCUGGAUAUGCUGUUUGGCGAAGACUACCCCUUCUCGCCUCCGAUGGUGCGCUUUCUCACCAAGGAUGUGUUCCACCCGAACGUCUACGUGGACGGCAAGAUCUGCAUGGACACGAUGAAGAGCAGCUGGCAGGCGUCGCUGAACGUCGAGGCCCUUCUCAUCUCCAUCCAGUCGCUGCUGUGCGACCCCAAUCCGAACUCAGCCGCCAACGGCGCUGCGGCUCGUUUGCUGACGGAGAACCGCAGCGCCUACGAUGAAAAAAUCCGCACUUUAGUCGAAGAAAGCCUCAAUCAGAGCUUUUCGGGCAUUGACGACGACGAGGACGAAGACGAGGUGGCGAGUGGGGAGUAG